UUUUAUCUUGAAGGCUGUGGCCGGAAGUGUUUUAAAUUGGUUAAAGCUCGUGCUUUACGCAUGUUGAAUGGAGUACGUGGAGUGAACGUCGCCGACUGCAGAGUGGAGUAGAGACGAGGAAACAGACAACAGAGAGAUGUGGUGGGUGCUGUGGGUGCUCAUCGCCUUGCUGGCUCUCUUCUGCACUCUGGAUGUGUUUUACUUCCUACGGGUAGCGGUGGUGAUCGUCCAGGCAUGGUUCCAGCCUCCAAUCUGGGACGUCACAGCAGAGCAUGUCCUAACAGGCCGGGUCAACCCCUCCGACAUCGACAUGUGCCACAUGAACAAUGCUUGUUACCUCCGGAAGUGUGACUUUGCCCGCUUCUCUCUCUACACGCGUAACGGUGUGUUAAAGGCCGCGCGAGCCCUCGGAGCUUCAAUGGUAGUGGGGGCCACCACCAUUCGUUACCGAAGAGCUCUAAGUCUAGGUGAGGGGUACGAGCUGCGGAGUCGGAUCGUCACUUGGGACGACAAAGCUUUUUUCCUGGAGCAGAGAUUUGUGUCGACAAAAGACGGGUUGGUGUGUGCCAUCAUGUACUGCAAGCAGAGUGUCAUGCGCUGUAGCCCGGACAAGAUCAUGCAGCACCUGUGUAAAAGGAAGGUGGAGUGCCCUGAGUUUCCAGAGGUCCUUCAGCACUGGGUCAACUUCAUCUCUACCAGCAGCCAGGCCCUCAGGGCAGAGAGUGGACUAGAGGACAAGAACAAAUAAGGAAUUGCACAGGCAGCUAUUAAGAUCCCCUGAAAUAUACCAGCCCAGGAUUCAAAGUCUUCUGAGAGAGACAUUUGUCUUCUGUUGGCUAUUGAUACCAAAUCCACUUGACUUGAACACACUAGUGCCUACUUUACUCUUUUGAUAUUGAGCUUUACUUAGACCCCAAUACUUUUGUCAAACACCAGAAAAAACAACAUACCUCAUUGUUUUGAGAGGCUGCAAACGGCAAUGAAUAAUCCUCAUUUAUACACUAAUAGAAAAUUAUUAUGAUUAUAUAAAGUGUGUGUUCAUGUACCAAGGAAGCACUAAAACAAAUACAUUUUGAACUCCUUUUGAUGCACUUUUAAGCGCUCACUGUUCAUUUAGGUACACAUCUGUGCGAAGAGCCUCACUUACUUUAGAGUCAAGAUGGGAGUUUAGCUAGAGGUCUUUACUAUAAUCAAAUGUGAAACUGUAAAAACAGUACAGUCUAGAAGAUGCAAUAAGACACAUGAGAAUUUUACCAAAAAGUAUUGUAAAAAUGAUGAUGUAUAGUAACAGUAAAAUUGCUCUAACUGUC